AUGACAACACAUUUCUCGUACUCGGCACUAGUCAGUACGCCCAUAUUCCCCAAUCCACAGCCGUCUUUAGCCCUGCUCGAUCUCACUGAAUCUUCGCCACCAUCAGAGUCAAAAGAGGCAAACUUCCAAGAUGGAACGAAGAAAGUCAAACGGCUUGACUGGGCUCGCUCCUGGCUCUGGGAGAUUGGAGGUGCUAUAGUCAGUGUCAUCUGCAUCGUGCUCCUGAUCGGAUUCCUCAAAUACGUGGAUGGAAAGCUCUACGAUGACUGGGAAUACCGAGUAUCGCCCAAUGCAGUCGCAUCCGUGAUUGUUACCAUUGCAAAAGCAGCCAUGCUUAUACCGGUCUCAGCGUGUCUCAGCCAGCUGAAAUGGAACCAAAGUCAACAUCCGAAUCCAACUCCCCUCUAUCAUAUGCAGGUAUUAGACCAAGCUAGCCGUGGUCCCUGGGGCUCUUUGGAAAUCUUUUGGAGACUGAGGCCAGGUUUGGCGACGGUGGGAGCAUUUCUGAUGAUCCUAUCUGUCGCUAUCGAUCCGUUUGCGCAGCAGAUUCUCUCUUUCCCUUCAAAUCGACUGCUGGCUCCAAAUGAAACAGCAUAUACUCAGACUACACACCAAUAUUGGCCUCGAUGGGCAACCAGUGUAUUGAACAAUGUUCAGAACGAGCUUUCUGUCAGUGAAGUCGAGCCAAGGAUGCAGGUUGCAAUUUUCAGUGGCCUAUCCCAAACAAAUAACCGCCUGGAGCCAAUUUGCUCCUCAGGGAGUUGCGACUAUGAUGACUUUAUCACCCUUGGCAUCUGUAGUGAGUGUGAAGACGUCACGGCCAAGGCAACUCAGACCUGCGUGCCAUCUGCACCUCGCUCCAAUGGUAAUAUUGGCGACGAAUGGUCAUCAACCCCUACCAAUUGCACCUACACGGCACCAAGUGGCUUUAAUCUUACUCCUGGCAUCAUGUGGAAUACAAUGGACACUUCAAAAGUUGUGAAAUGGAUAUCAAUGCCCCGUCAGCCUUGGACGUCUAUCAUAACGUCUGAUACAAGCGACGAUGGAACCCCAAAACCGAUUGUAUCUUUCUUUGCAGCCAAGUAUGAGCAAGACCUGAUAUAUUACCACCACAAUAUCACUGUGCCGGAACAAAAGCCCACCAUGACAGAGUGCUCAGUCUACUGGUGUGAAAGGCAGUAUACACAGAAUUACUUCUCCACCGGUCAUCGAUUCCUCGAGACUAAGACGAGUCAGAACCUCUAUGUCCAAGCCCAGGUCCAGAGCAAAGUAGACUUUUGGACUCGCUGGUUGAGCCCAUUCAGUGGGAGCAAAACCCUAUCGGAAAAUUCAACUUACAUUAUCUCCUCAACCACCUGGAUCCCCAUGCGACGAAUGAUGAUCAAACUCUUCAAUGGCACUCUUAUAGUGAAUGAGGAGGGAGAUGACGCAGAUGACGCCAAAUCUUUUUCAGGAAUUCAAUCCUCUCUGAUUUUAUACAACAGCAACAACCUGACCCAAUCAAUGGUUGAAAUGGCCACCAGUAUGACUGAUAACAUCCGCUCCAGCCAUAUGGCUUCCCGUGUCAAUGGACGGGCAUACCUCAAUAGCACACUAAUUCAUGUUCGCUGGCCGUGGAUUAUUCUUCCAGCUGCCUCUGUGGUUCUGUCUAUUGUGCUUCUCAUGGCUACGGCUGUCUCAAGUAGGAGGUUACAUACCAUCUUGUGGAAGUCUUCUGUAUUGCCAUUGCUUGUCAGUCAGCUUGAAAACCUCCCCGGCCAUGAUCUGAGCCGUGCGGGCGAUGUGGAUGAGAUGCUGGAUAUGUCGCGGAAGAUCAAAGUUGUGAUGGCGAGUCAGGACCCUCCUGUCCUUGUUGAACAUUAG